AUGUCCGUUGAUCUGUUGAGGAAAUCGUUAAGUUUUAUUGAAGAAGAGGAUGGCAUUUCGGCGAGUAAAAAGCUGAAAAGAGUAUCUCGGAUAUCACCAGAAAUGCGAGAACGACAACGUAUCAGGGCAUUAGCUGGUCAUCUGGAAUUCGACUGUGAUAGAGGUGAUUUCGUUGAAGCCACGAAUGCGAAACAUUCAAAUUCGAUCAAGAAUGAAUGGACUCCCAAACCGUGCCAGAGAAAGUUCUUCGAACCUCGAUUCUCCACUGAUACAUUAGCGCCGUUAUAUCAACGAAAAUUUUUGCUCGAAGUUUCGACGGCUGAAAUGAAUGAAAUUAGUGCAACAAGGAAUAGGAAUGUGAACUUGAAGGGUGUUUCUUUGGUGGAACAGCAUCGUUCCAAAAAGCGUGUGAAUUUGUUGAAGCGAAACAUCAAGUAUAUGGUUUAUACGAACGAAAAGAAACUGGAUACAAACCGAGUGGAUACUAUGAUUUCGAUGAUGAGUCGACGAGAGCGUGAUAUGAAACAGAUUCGUCGAGAAUUGCUGAAAGAAAAUGAUGGUGUUCGAGAACCGGAUCCGUUCAAACAAAAGAAAGAGGUAUCUGAGUCGGUAUUUACGGACGAUGAUUUCAUGAAGAUUGCACCUGAUCGAGCUAAGGUGAACAGUCGUAUUACUGAAUUAAUUUUGGUUGCUUUUGGCAUAAUGCAGUUUGCGUUAUUCCACGUAUUAUGA